AUGAGUGUCAAGAAGAAAUUUAGCAGUGAUUAUGCUGGAGUAAAUAAAUCAGAAUCCUCAGCAAUGCUUUUGAGCGAAGACUUAGAAGAGACAGCUGAAGAUACCCCAGGUCACUUCAGAUCAGAUAAAUAUGAGGAAAGUGGAGAGGUUGCACCACCUAAUACAUGAUGUUAUGCACUUUCAAGCCCGAUUAAGUUUGUUGGAAAGCAAUUCAAACAAGGAGGUGUUAAUGGUUCAAUCUUCUCUCUGAUCACUGCAAUCUUGGGAUCUGGUACUAUUACCUUGCCAUACUUGGCUUACAAUAAUGGGAUCGCAAUGGCAGCUAUUUUGAUCAUAUUCGGAGCUAUCCUAUCAUACUUUUGUGGAAUGUUACUUGUCAGUUGUGCAGCCAAGGUAGGAUCAGACAAAUACGAAGACAUGGCAGCAUUCUGUUUUGGUAGGAAAAUGGUUCUUGUUACAGGAUGGUCUAAUGUAUCAACAUUACUUGGAUUUGUGGUCUCCUAUAUUGUUUUCUUGAAGACUUUGAUUCCACAUAUCUUGAUAGUACUUUUUGGAGAGAAAAAUAUUCCUGGAAUUUUAAGCAAUGGAAGAUAUACAGGCCAGAUCUUCUGGGCUACUAUUUACACAUUCCUGAUUCUUACACCUCUGUCCAUGCCUAGGAAGAUCGGAGCUUUGAGGUUCAACUCUAUGUUUGGAGUCUGUUGCAGUUUUUAUCUUGUCAUGUGUAUCGUGUUCAUGUUCUUCUUUGACAGAACACUCGUGCCUGAUAUUGGAGAAGCAUUCAAAAAGGCUAGAUACUUCAAUGUAACAUUAGACGGAAUGGUAGAUGCUAUCCCAUUUGUGGUGUUUGCCUUCAUGUAUCAGCCAAAUAUUCCGAUUAUUUACAGAGAGCUAACUACUAAGACUUAUGGAAAGAUGAACAAAAUUGUCACCAUUGGGUCUUCAUUUGUUGUUGUUUUGUAUAUCUUGGCAGCUUCGUUUGGAUACCUUGGCCUCGUUGGUAACGAUGAUAUGUUGGCUACUCUAGCUGAGAAGAAUAAUAUACUCGAAGUCCUCUAUCCCAGCGCAGCUUUCAAGGUAGCAAUCAUUGGUUUAGUUUUUGCUAUAUUUGCAGCAGCCCCUGUAUGUGUGUUGCCAGCUAAGGAUGCCUUUGAAGAGAUAGUCUUUGCUAAUGGUAAAAUGACCAUGAAAUGGAAUGUGAUCACCACUAUUAUAAUGUGCAUAAUUUGCUAUGUGUGCGCUAUUGUAAUCCCAGGAAUUGGUGACGUGAUUACAAUUCUGGGAUGUACGACAAACCCACUGAUUGGGUUCAUUCUGCCAAUUGUAUUUUACCUCAAGAUUGUUGAGAAUAUUCCUACUUGGAAGAAGUUUUGCUGAUGGAUGGUGCUCAUCUUCAUCAUUGCUGUAUCGAUAGCCAGCUUCGCACUGUUCAUCAAAGAUAAGAUCAAAGGAUAAUUUCCAAUUAUUGAUUUAUAAGUAAUAUGUUAUUGGUCAA